AUGUCGAAGACCGUAAAGGAUUUGACCGCUGGGACCGCUGGUGGAAUUGCCCAGGUGCUCGUGGGCCAGCCAUUUGACAUUGUCAAAGUGCGUAUGCAAACUGCGCCCAAAGGGACAUACAAUGGAAUGGUGCACUGUGCCGGCGGAAUAUUGAAAAACGAAGGUCCCUUGGCAUUCUACAAGGGCACCUUGACACCGCUUCUGGGCAUUGGUGUUUGCGUGUCCAUCCAAUUUGGCGCUCUAGAAUACGCCAAAAGAAUAUUUGCUUCCCAGAAUGUCGCCCUUGGGAGAGGAGGAGAAGGAGGAAAGGUACUGACUGGACAACAAUUAUUUGCAGCUGGUGUUUUUGCUGGUCUCUCAAAUGGUGUCGUUUCAGGGCCCGUAGAACACAUCCGUAUUCGAUUACAGACUCAGUCAAAUACCAACCCUCUGUAUAAUGGUCCUUGGGAUGCUAUCAAGAAAAUUUACGGGCAAAGUGGUAUUGCUGGCAUUUACAAGGGACAAGCUGUUACCCUGUUGCGUGAAGCUUCCGGUUAUGGUGUCUAUUUCUUGACAUACGAGAAGCUAGUCCAACGAGAGAUGGCCAAGAAGAACAUCAGACGAGAUGAAAUUCCCCUCAUCAAUGCAGUUGGAUAUGGUGCUGCUGCUGGAUACGCUCUAUGGGCCAUCAUUUACCCCAUCGAUAUGAUCAAGUCUCGAAUGCAAACGGAUGGAUUCUCGCCAGCCACUGGCCAGAAAUAUAAAUCUACACUGGAUUGUGUGCGCACUGUCUGGCGAACUGAAGGGCCUGGUGCUUUCAUUCGAGGAAUAGUCCCGACACUGAUCCGUUCGCCUUUCGCAAAUGGUGCCACCUUCGUAGGGUUCGAAAUGGCCAUGCGUGUACUGGAUAAACUAUGA